AGCGAGACAGAUGAGGGUCAUAAAUGAUAAAUCUGGUACUCUGAUCCCUUUAAUUAUUAUUCGGCAUUAGGCAUAGGCAUCAUCUCUCCCCUUCUCGUUCUGCUGCGAAGUCUAUACUUAAAUUCAACAUUUCUUUCUUCUCCCAACCCAGAAGGCUCCUCUGCGACUCUCUUAUUUGUGGGGUUGAGGGUUCUGAUCUCUCUCUCUCUCUCUCUGUUGUUUGUUUGCGUUCUGCGUUGUUUUCCCGGGGAAGUUUGAUUCCUUCUCCUUCCCUUCCAAAGAAAGUCGUCUUGGUUCUAACGCUACGCACUGCGACAGACCAUCGAGCUUUUUGCCCAGGAAACGUGCGUUUCUGUGUGCAGAGCAAAAUCAAACCAAACAUUAAGCGUUUUGUUUUGUUUUGGGUUCCCCCUCAAGUUUUCUCAGUGUGAGCGAAAACUUCGCCCGAGUCUAAAGCUUCUGUGCCGGAAAAAGGUCGAAUUCUGAAGGGCAAGAAUGCAUUGCCAACGAGGAGUUCCUUUCUGUUGAGAUAGAAAGAGCGAAGGACUUUCUUCCCUCUAAAAUUAGCUGUCAAAACGUCAAAAUUUGGAAUUCCUGUCGACUAUUUUCCUCUCUCUCUCUCUCUCUCUCUCUCUCUCAUAUACCGACAAUUUCUCCCUUCCUUUGCCCAUUUUCUUCUCUUUCUUCUCUGUUUUCUGUGGGCUUCCUCUGUUUUCAGGUUUGGGAGAGAAAGAAAAUAUCUCUCUCUCUCUCUCCCUCUCUCUCUCUCUCUCUCUCUCUCUCUCUCUCUAAAUGAUGAUAUUCGAUAAAGGGUCAAUUCAAUCAAACCUUGAGUGUUUCCUGGAUUGCACAACGCCUGUGGUCCCUUCUCAAUGUUUAUCAAAGACUGAGAUCAGGAACCUUAAUCGUCUAUGGCACCCCUGGGAGAGAGAAACAGUUGAGUAUUUGACGUUGGGCGAUCUCUGGAGUUGUUUCGAUGAAUGGAGUGCUUAUGGGGCUGGAGUUCCAAUCGUUUUGAGCAGCGGGGAAACCUUAGUUCAGUACUAUGUGCCAUAUCUUUCUGCAAUUCAAAUUUUCACAAGCAAUCCUUCUGUAAACAGUUUUAGGGAAGAAACUGAGUCCGGUGAUGGUGAGACAAGGGAUUCAUUCAGUGAUUCGUGUAGUGAUGAGUGCGAGAGCGAGAAGAUGUGGAGAUGGGAUGGAUGUUCUUCUGAAGAGGGAGGGCUUGAUCAAGACGGCCUCUGUCAUCCAAGUGAUAGAUUGGGUCACCUUUACUUCCAAUACUUUGAGAGAUCAACUCCUUAUGGAAGAGUUCCUUUGAUGGAUAAGAUUAGUGGAUUAGCUCAAAGAUUCCCCGGUUUAAUGUCAUUGAGAAGUGUAGAUCUUUCCCCAGCUAGCUGGAUGGCUGUUGCUUGGUACCCCAUUUAUCACAUACCGAUGGGAAGAACCAUAAAGGAUUUGUCCACUUGCUUCCUUACUUAUCAUACCCUUUCAUCUUCUUUCCAAGACAUGGUCCAUGAAGAUGACAUGGAGACUGCUGAAAAAAAGAAGCCGAAGGAAGAAGGGAGCAUUGCCCUCCCUCCGUUUGGGCUGGCCACAUACAAAAUGCAGGGUAAUGUGUGGGUCUCGAGCAAGAGUGGGGAGGACCAAGAAAGGCUGGCAUCGCUUUUGAGCGUGGCAGAUUCAUGGCUAAAGCAGCUGAGGGUCCAGCACCAUGACUACAAUUACUUCACUGGGAUCCGGCGUGGCUGAAAACGCACAACUCGGGAGCAUGCCUACACCCAAUGAAAGGGAUUUGGCCGCUAAUCAAGAUCCUCUCUCUUAACCUUUUCUCCUUUUCCUCGGGUUUGUGGUGUUGCUUGAAGAAAUAGCCUUUGAGAGUGAGGACUGCAGUUGAACCUGCCUCUUUGUUCAGCUUCUAUGAGGCUUUUUAGGACCUAGGCCUUUGUAGAGUUUUAAAUUUUAAUCAUAGACAGGGAGUACAUAAUGACUGGAGUGAACUUUCUAUUCUAGCUGCUGUCUGGAGUGGUUAACUGGCUGUUUUAGCUUUUCCUAUCUGAGGCUUGAGUUUAGGGUUUGAGAAAGUGUCAAUAUAGGGAGAAACCCUUGGGUUCUCCUCAACUCCCUUUCAACUUUUUAAGGAUGGUGUGAUCAUGAUGAA